AUGUCACUGCGCGAGGAUAUUGAGGCCCUCACGGCGGCCCUCCGCCGUCUCUCCCGCAUGCAGGACCAAAGCGACGGCAGUGAAACGCAUAACAACACCAACAACAGCAGCAGCAAUUUCAACAAUGGCAGAAGUGCUAUGGUGGGAGAAAAGAAAAAGGGUAGGCGGGUUGGCUUCAGUAACGACCCAGCGCUCCUAUCCGAAGUCAGCAUUUCUGCGAUCACCGUUGCGCCGGAGGACGAUGAAGAACCCGACAGCGAAGGCAAUAGCAACAACGGCAGGCCAGUAGUGGUGCAAAAGGCUUUUUCGCCAGGGAUCUCUGGCCAGAAUAUAGACGACGAGACGUCAGCGGCACCUCCAAGUAGUAACACGACGGCGCUGCCAUGCUUUGACACCCAAUGUAUUGAGGGUCGGCGUGUAGCUGAGCCGAAUGGUGCGCAUGCUUCUGCAUCCACGGCGACAUCAGCACCGGGCGCCGCCGCAGCUGUUGCGUGUGAAGCGAAUGGACGUCAGGGAAUAGGAUCGUUGAUGCGGCUCGAUAAGGCCGAGCAGAGUCCAUGCUGUCUGCUGAACGUCACGUCGGUAUCCUCGGGAAGCAGCGCGGCGGAGGCGGAUCGGUCGGCGACAAUGCCGGGCCGGCAGCAAAUAGAGGAAGCAUACAGGCAAGUUGCGCGGAAGCUUUUAGCGGAGAUACAGCGCUUGGACGCCCAUGCCUCGGCCGUGCUAGCGCAGUGUGAGGGUGAGAGGCAGGAGUGGCUGCUUACGCAACGCGAGUUUCAAAAGCGGAUCGUGGAACGUGACGCAAUAAUUAGUUUCCUGCAGCAGCAGCAGCAGCAGCAUCUGUUGCGACAGCAGUCUGCCAAAGAAACUUCACCCGUGUCGAAUGAUAAUCUCACAACAGAGAGUCGGAGUGAUAGUGCCGCUGGGAUAACGGCGGGCCUUCCUCUUCACCGCCGUCCUGUGGUCUCCAGUGAUUUAUGCGGAAUGAGUUCGUCCUCCGCGGCGGAAACGUCGUCUCGGCCAGCACUACGGCAAGCACACGGGGAGAAUGGAAGAGAUAAAACCAGCGGCACCCCGACUCGACAAGCUGCUAGUGGCGAUGAUGUCAUGUCAACACGUCCGCAUUCUCUCAAGGACGUCCUGGAGCGCGGGUUUUCUUCCUGGGGCGAUGUCCGGCUUUCUGAAGAGGUGGGGCUGCGUUCUAGCAGCACGGCGACACCUGCAAGGGAGACCUCGCUGGGUGGAAGCCCCACCCCACUGCACCCAGGAUCGGUAGCAGCGGCAGGCACUGAUGUUGCAGCCAUAGGAGCAGCCACAGCGGAAGCUCCUCACUGCCUGGCACAGGUCAAUGCGAACGGAAAGGGGACAGGGAAUCUUACACAUGCAGCUGUGGAUAAUGACAAUAAUGGCACGGCUGACGUCGAUCAACGGGAGCUUUAUCGCACUUCCCCAACACUCCUGCUGCGACACCUCCGUGAGAGGCAAGAGGGGCGGGGAGCGCAUGCAUCCAUAGAGGCCGAUCGCUGCGAUGUGCAGCGACACAGACGGCAGAGGAGAGUAUCUGUAAAUCCUGCCUUGCGGGAAAGACGUGGACGCGAUGGCAUUGAUGAGGGGGCCCGCCGGAAGCCAAGCAGUUGCAGAUCGUGCUGUCGCGGUCAGGCUUCCGCCACGCCUCUUCCUGCGUCUGCCUUUGCACCUGCCACGGGUAGCGGCAGCAGAGGCGGCCGGAGCUGUGCAGCAGUCAUGCAGGGUUCGCAGGAGAAAUGCCCAAAGAGUCGAGUUCACCGCACCGCGUCGGCUGCGGGGGCAAAAGCCAAGCGAAGGAAGUGGAACGCCGAAGAUGAGAACCACGAGUUGCUCCGGGGGCUUAUGGCGAAAAGCACCGCGAUAGAGUCGUGCCUACGGAACUUCCAGCAACGGCUGGACCGGCAGGAGGUAAGGCUACAGGACGUGGNUCAUUUUCUUCGCGACGCGGUGGUCCCCAUCACCUUGGCCUCGCGUGAGGCUCGGCCGGACGCGGAUUCGUCGCCGCCCCCACGCUGCGCACAGCCGCAGAUAUAG